AUGGGCUUCGCCAACCUGUGGUUCUCGCAUCCCCGCAAAUUCGGACCAGGAUCCCGAUCCUGCCGUGUCUGCUCCAACCAUCAUGGUCUGAUCAGAAAGUACGGACUUGACAUGUGCCGUAGGUGCUUCAGAGAAUACGCCAAGGACAUCGGAUUCAAGAAGGUACAUAUUGUGUUCUGA